AUGUCACCUGCAGUCACGCGGGCCACAGCAGCAUCCGCGACCACCAUCACAACCACUCAUAUCAGAUCCUCGCCCAUCGACACAGAGUUCAACCUGGAAGACCGACGCUCUUUAUCAUCCGCGGCUGUACGGGAGCCUUUCGUACCGAAACGCAAGCUGACGAAAACAGCUCCUUACACCUAUCUCGUAUCUGAGGCUACUGCGAGUGCCGACUCGUUACCGACCGUGGGAGUGAGCAAGAGGCACAGCGUUCUGGUGACUGGAGAUCAGCUUGGCCUAUCUGUACCUGCGAGACCAGCCUCAGCGCUGGAAAAGACUUCCCACGCUUCGCCGUUCACGUCAGCUGCUCGCCACCAACUGAGCCAGGCCACGGUCACAUCACCUCAGAGACCAGCAAGAACUACCCGAUCAACGCCUCGCAAGCUCGCACCGCCUCUCACAGAAAGAGGACCUUUCAGCACACCUAUCUCUGCCGCCACUACUCCUCUGCUCCAGACACGAUCGACCUUGGCACCGUCUGCUCAGGAUCAGCAACCGCAGGUGAGACCUCGCUCGCACACGCCAACCACCAUGACAGCUCGCACAACCACCCCAGCUGCGGCACCUUUGACGCCUAAGAUCAAAGCGCCUGUCUCAGCCGACGUUGCUGCUCGCAUCCGAUCGCCGAAGAAGCAUGCCUCCACCUCAGCACUUCGAGCAGUCGCUUCGCACGAUCAGCAGCGUAUGGCCGCGUCAUUCACUCGAACAGCACACCCCUUGCAACAAUUCAUUCGUGAACCAGAGCGAGUACUUGAUGCGGCAUCCCACGCUCACUCCUCUUCCAAUUGGCUACCCGAUACCAAUAUUGAUUCUAGCGCCAUUGAAGCGGACAAUACGGCAGGAGAUAGCUCCUUUGUAUACAAUGCAGACGACACUCCCUCGUCUCCUUCGAAUGAAGAGACUGUGCAGGUGCACGUCCGUCUUCGACCACCGAAACCCAACGAACCAUGUGCUUGGGUCCCCAACAUUCACUCUUCCACUAUCUCCCUCGAUCCUUCUCUUUCUGCUGCUCGCACUUCCUCUGUGGGUCCUUUCACAUUCGACUCCAUCCAGACCGGAUCCUCGAAUCGACCCGUCUACAUCACUGUAGCGCGCCCGCUCAUCCGAGCCGCACUGGACGGCUACGAUGCUGUCGUCUUCGCUUAUGGCCAAACAGCCUCCGGCAAAACCUUCACCUUGUCCGGAGACGAAAAAGGCGAGGAAGCGGGUAUCAUCCCCCGUGCAGUCCGCGACAUUUUCCGCGGCAUCAAACAGUCUUCCGCUCGUCGAGAGUAUCUCCUUCGCGCAAGCUACCUCGAAAUCUGGAAUGAAGUCGUGAAAGACCUCCUUGAGCCCUCCAACAUCCCCCAAGUCCGCGACGACAAACGAAAACGUGGUGGAAAAGGGACCACAGUCCAACCACUCCGAGAAGAAAUCGUCACCAGCCCCUCCCAAGUUCGCGAACUCCUCUCUCGAGGCCAAGCAAAUCGUCACGUCGGAGCUACGGACUGGAACGAACGUUCAUCCCGCUCGCACACCUGUUUUAAGAUCACGAUCGAAUCCUGGGACAGAAACACACCCGCUGACGUGGGGAAGAAAGUCACCGUUUCCGAGCUCUGCCUGAUCGACCUUGCCGGUUCGGAAAAGUACAUCUCUCAGGGUGGGGAGAGGAGAACGGAAGGUUCGCACAUUAAUAAAUCGCUUCUUACUCUCGGUAAAGUGAUCUAUGCGCUCUCGGAACGCAAUUCUGGAACUCACAUUCCUUAUCGAGAUAGCAAACUCACCAGGAUUCUGCAGAACUCUUUGUCGGGCAAUGCGAGGGUUGCGGUCGUAUGCACGCUCAACCCGACCCCGAAUGCUGUGGAGGAAAGCUUGUCGACGCUGAAGUUUGCAAAGAGGAUCAAGAAAGUCGGCUUGAACGCGAAGAAGAACGAAUUCGGCGUAGGAGGCGAAAUCGGCGCUGAGGCACAAGCACUCAUCCUUCGAUACCAGACUGAAGCAGAUGCCUUGCGAAAGAUGGUCCUCGACUUGCAACAGCAGAAAGUAGAGGAGACUGUAGGGGAGGAGAGAAUACGAGAGCUACAGGAGAGACUCGAAAUUAUCGGAUCGCUCGUCGUCCGUGGAGGUAGAACACACGAUGGAGAAGAAGCCUCUGAUGAAGAAGGCACUGGACUUUGCACUCCUUCCUCUUCCGCCCUGACAGCGGGAAGUUCGAGGUCCACCAGCAACAGCUCUUAUGCUCGACCAGUGUCACCAACCAAACCUUCCCUCACGCUAUCCGAUCCGCCGCACGUACUUGCAGAGAAACUUUUCCUCGCCAACCGCCGCAUCGCAUCGCUUACAGCUGAACUGGCGUCUCGACCACCCAUCCCUCCUUCAUCCAUGGACCAAACUACACUCAUCGCCUCUCUCCAACAAGAAGUGAAAGAAUUAGAAAUGGUUUGCGAGGCACAAGCAACCGACGCCCCACCCAAGAUCCGCGAAGAUGUCGAACGAGAAUUCACCGACAGACUCAACGCGAUGCAGCGACGGAUCGAAGAAAAAGAUGAAUUCAUACUCGAACUUCAAACCGAAGCAGAACGCCUGAGAAAGGUGAAUGGAAAAUUGAUGGAACUAGCUCACAGUCAGACCCGGAAUAUGAUGGAGAACUUGGCCUCACCAGUAAGACCCCCUUUCAAACAAACUGAUCUUAACACACCUAGAAGGAGGUUGAUCGGUGAAGCGAGUCAGAAAAAGGCUGGACCGAUUAGUAUGUUGGAUCCUCCCACCACCCUCGUUUUCCCUAUUGCGGGAGAAGGAAGGGGAGAGCGAGGAAUGAAAACGGAUGGGAGAAGAAGUAUAAGUAACGACUAUACGCUGUUGAAGGAGGGAACAGAGGAAAUGGAGGAAGAAUUGCUGUUGAAAAGUGCUACUAUUUCUGCUUCCGAGACUUUUGCCGCCCUGCCAGCUUUCACCAUGGAGAGGCAAAAUGUUGCAAUGGAGAUCGUUCAGGAGGUCGACUAG